ACCAUACAUUCGCGUACUUUGUAUCGCUUUCGCCGUGCAUGCGAUGAUUUUUCGAGCCAUAUUUUCCUGAAUCAGUAGAUGCCAGAUGGUAUUUUAAGGUCAACAGAUCGUUAAGUGUGAAGAGCAAUAUGUAUGCAACGCUGUAAUUAUCUAAUCUGGAACCUUUAAUUCCUUGACCUUGAUCACCCGACCUUCGACCUCUGACCCCUGCGCUAUCAAGACUGAUGGAUGACUCGGUGCUCACUGAUGAUUCCAUGGAGAACUUUGAUGGGGAGCGGCCGAAGGGAGAGAGAUGGGCCCCUGUCGGCGCUGUUGCCCCCUCGCCCCCUACCAUCAUGGGCGAACAGAGUCAUGUUCACAUGGCAGAUCAGUUGAGAAAUCUCGAAGAGGAACAAGAUCAGUUGAAUUCUUCUCUCCUUGCACUCACUUCUCACUUCGCCCAAGUCCAGUUCAGACUCAAGCAAGUUGUGACAUCAGAGGGUGAAGAGAAAGAGGAUUUACUGAAGGAGCUGGAGGAAUUUGCUUUCAAAGGAUGUCCUGACGUCAGAGGAUCUAAAUCACAAGAUGCAAACACAUUAGAAGAUGAUUGCGAACGAGAGCAUGAGAGUAAAAUCACAGAGCAGAGAGAGAAGCAAGCAGAGCUCAUCAGCCAACUGAAAAAUCAACUGGAAGAUAUUGAGACGUUUGCAUAUGAGGAAGGGACUGGUAAUCUCCCUCACACAAAGGUGAUGGAGAAACAAGGCACCAUUAUUGAUCAGCUGAAGAACAAACUGGACCUCAAUCUGGAAGACUUUGAGAAACUCUCCACUGAGGAACUCAAACAGAGGGUCGACAGUGCCAUCGGGAGGAUCGUCAACCCAGCUAAGGUCAAAGAACAGGUGAUACACCAGCUCAAGAACCAGAUAGUUGAUCUGGAGAGAUUCAUCAACUAUUUACAAGAUGAGGCGCAAUCUCCUCUGGUCUUAUCAGCUAACGACGAGCUGUGUGAAUGUGAGGUCCACAAACUUGCCCCGCCUUCUCGUGAUAUCGAUGCUGGUUCUGACGGAGGAUCAGAUACCCAAUGCUGUACACAUCCUGGUGGUGUGAAAAACAGGAAGAAAGUCAAAGGAAAAACUAAAGAAGAACUUAAGAAAAUCAGAGAGUCCAACAUUUCUGCCAUGAAGAAAGCCCUUGCCGUCCUCCAGUAUAUCACGAUAUCACAGCUCGGUUGCGGGACGGACAGGAUGAAAGAAAGACCAAGGAGAGCAAAGGACGACAUUGGAGCAGAUUAUUAUGAUCUCUUGCAAAACUUGGACAAGGCUACAGAGCGAGUGAUUGAACUAGCACGGAAGAAACAGAUCCAAGAUGAGGAGGAUAGAGACUAUGCCAGCGACUCAUCCGAUAGCCCCGUAAGUCGGCCGCUUGAUGAUGUCACCAUAGCAGUCAGGAGAGAGCUCGCUCCAGCCUUGAGGGCGCUGUUCGAACAUGGAUUAAUCAGGAUGAGUACAAGUCAAGCUCUGAUGACACCGAUCACUGCUUGUCUUGCCCCCAGAAGUAUUGCAGGACAGACUGUCCACGCUUGGGAAGUCUUCAGCAAGUAUUUUGAGAUCAAGAAAGGAAAGCAGUUUGCCGAAUCACCCGCUCGUCGUCUCUCGCAAGCCUUCGACCUUGACAUCGUUGGCGGAACGGCCAUCACUUCACGACAGACGCUUCUCGCCGCCAUAGACCAUGUAGAAGAAACACAUGAACCACUCAGAAGAAGUCAUGAAGCUCGGUUCAAGGCGUUCGUCUGUCAAGCACUCAAUGAGCAGAAGCUUGCCUCUUGGUGCAGACUGGUAUGCAGGACACAUACUCUAAUGGAUAGCUUCUAUCAGUCAUGGAGUUACAUGUUAAGAUCAGGAUUUGAUGGUGGGAUUCAAAUAUUGGACAAACUUAGCGACAUCAAGUUCUGCCUGCCCGUUGAUCUUGCCAUUAAGCAAUUCCAGAAUAUCAAAGAUGCCUUCUAACCUGAUACAUCAACACGUUUUCUAACCCCUUCAUCUCGUAAGUGCGAACACACUGGUAGUCAUAAGUACAGCUGACUGUCUAAAUGCAAUAUGAACACAGGUCUCUGUGUAAUAGUGCUGAUGGAGAAUCGUGCUGAUUAGAAGAGAUGAUGAACACAAAUUAACACAUAUAUUCUGAUGGGUAGGUUCACACUCUUGGUCUACGUUUCUCCUUGCAAGUAUUGUAUGAACACAUUAGUCAUACAGCAAAUGUGUGUAUGCAGUUUGAACACACUUCUUCUGUAUCAUAGUGAUGAUGGACAAUCAUUCUGAUGAGAGGCGUUGAUACAAAGAAUGGAUGCCGUAUUACAAAUCCCAUCUAGGUAGGUUCACACUUUUAAUCGACGUUUCUCCUUGUGAGCAGAGUAUGAACACAGAAGUCAUACAGCCAGUAGUGUGAAUGCAGUUCUUUUGUGCUAUAGCGAUAAUGAACAACCAUAAUGAGAUGAGAUGUUGCACAGAGAUUUACUCAUCUCUUCCAACAGUAGGUUAAGCAUGUGAAUUCAUAGUGAUAAAUACCAGUAUACUAUUCUAUGUCCCCUCUUCUUAUUUUGCCGUAAGUGUGAACACGUCCAGGAUGUAUGGCCUAGGGGCCCCAUCUUACAAAGAGCAAUCGUAACAAUGGAAAUCCAUCAGUGUCAUAAUUUUUUCUACAGGAAAUUUGCAUAACGUCCUUUGUAAACAAAGGAGAACACACCAAAUUGUCAAUAUAUUAUACAUUACAUCUAGAAAAUUUUUCAAACAAACGUGCAUUUUAUAUGUUGACAUUGCUGGCUUUCCAUAGAUUGAUCUGCGAUUGAUAGGAGCAGUCGCAACUCUCUGUAAGACGGGGCCCUGUUGAUACUCUUGUGUCCUCCCUUUUUUUCUUCUCUUUCCUUUUUUUUAACUAUCUAAUUGAAAAAAAUAGAGGGCAAGGGGGAUCUUCCUCCCCCUUGCCCCCUUUACUGCUGCCCCUGUAAUGGACAUCAUCUCAGAUGUUUCGCAAUUUAAAAAUAAACUGUUGCCAAUUCGAUGACUGUUGCCAAUUUGAUCACUGUUCACUUGAAUAGUGAUUAAUUAUUUUCAUAAAAAUCUAUGGUACUCGUUGAAAAUAUGCAGCUUAUCCUGAGAGUAUAAUAUGAAGGUUGCCAAUUUAGGAAUUGAAAUGCUGUUAUUAUUAUCAAUAUCAUGUAUGAUGUUUGUCUUAUAAGAGUUGGACAUUGAUAUAUUUAUCAAGAAAAGAUCUCUCUUUACAUAAUUAAAUUGUGACUUUUCAAUGUGAAUUAUUUAGUUUCUGCAGUACUUCCAUUGUAAAUGAAAUGAACAUUUUAUUAUAAACAUUGAAUACAAAGAACUCCUAAUCACUACAUGUUAGUGGUGACUGAAUUUCAUGUAUAGACAGUUUUAACAAUUGAUUAAGUAACUGUGCUCACUGUUACAAUUGAAUAAUUUAAAAUCUUAUAUUUGAAUUGAAUUGUAAUGAAAUUCCAGUAGAUUUAGUU